AUGUACGCUAAAGUCAGAGACAAGGACAAGCCAGAAAACAGACAGGGAGCUUUUAUAAGAUCAACUGCUCAUACUGCAAAUAUCCUUUAUCGGAAAAACUUCAAAAACAACCGCAUGACUGGACACAAACGAGAGGCAAUAAUAGGUGACGUCAGAAUUCACAUCGCUGAACAUUAUUCACUCUAUGAAGACACUAUCAACUGGGACUCUACAGAGUUGUCCGACAACAAUCUCAACGAAUUAACUGAUAACCUGUUUCGAGGAAUGAAGAAUCUAACAAGGCUGUGGUUGCGUAACAACAAACUGAAGAAGCUAACCCCAGAACUGUUCACAGAGUUAAUCAGUUUGGAUGACCUGAAUAUGCAAAAAAACGAAAUGUCUGAGCUUCCUAACGGGUUUUUCGAUGGAAUGAAGGACAUCAUGAAAGUCUACAUUGUGGAUUAUAGGAUAGUGGACACCAGUCUUAUGUGUUGUCAUCUGACAAAAGAAGACGCCCAAUGCACUGCUCUAUACGACGACAGCUUCGCUAGUUGCGAGAGCAUGUUCCGCGACUCAGCUCCACGUAAAAGUAUUUGGGCAAUCGGAAUCCUCUCUUUGCUUGGUGCUGUGUUCGUAGUUGUGUGGCGUCUAAUCUUUAAAGAGAGAAACGUAGUCCAGCUUAUCAUGUUAAUGCACUUAGCGGUUGGGGAUUGCUUGAUGGGCAUUUACUUGGUCACCUUAGGUGCCAAAGACCUGUUAUGGUCGGGAAGUUACUAUCUGCAUGACUUCCAGUGGCGAUCCGGUUUGUCGUGUCAGGUUAUAGGUGCGAUCUCAGUGCUGUCCAGUGAGGUGUCUGUAAUGAUACUGGCGCUCAUUUCCGCUGACAGGCUGAAGAACAUCGUUUUCCCAUACCAUGGCAGAGGACUGACUCGCAGGAAAGCACACAUUCUGUGCGCGAUUAUUUGGGUCCUUGGUUUUGUCAUCGCAUUCCUUCCCCUCACUGGCAUUGGCUUUUUUUAUGACGCCCUAGAGCGCCCUGCCUACUACGGACGUUCCGUAGUGUGCCUCCCACUGCAACUGUCCAACAGGUUUCCAGCUGGUUGGGAGUUCUCCAUCGCUAUCUUUGUCGGGUUAAACUUCCUCCUCUUCCUGUUCAUGACGGUGGCCUAUGUCGCAAUUUUCCUUAAAAGUUAUCGCUCCAGCCGUCAGCUUGCAAGGGAGGGAACCCGACGAGAGGUGCAGGCAAGAAAGAAGAACGCAAGUUCCAGAAGGGAGAGAGCAUUGGCCAAAAGAGUCUUCUUUAUCAUCCUCACAGAUUGCGCUUGUUGGAUGCCGAUAAUAGUCAUGGGCAUCAGGUCUUUGGUUGAAAAAGAUUACAGUCCCCGAGGAGAUCUUCCUGCCUGGAUCGCCGUGUUUGUGCUGCCAAUUAACUCAGCCUUGAAUCCAAUUAUCUACACCCUAUCAACCCCUCAG